AUGUGUCCAGAAUUAGUGAUGACCAUAAUCCCAAAAAACGGACACACAUUUCUACCACCGGACCUGGAUAUUAUACCACUUAUCAACGCCGUUUUUCCGCCUAGGCAACAAAGCGCUCAGAUCGUUCAUGAAAAACUCGGACUGUUUAGUGCCUUAGUAGUUGUUCAGUUAGAAAAAUACGACUAUAAUAAGACACCACGGAAUAAUAAAUUGAAACAAAAAACUUUCUGUAAGAUAAUGAAUCCCAAAGUACUGUCGGGAGCACAAAAACGGAAGAAAGUACAGCAAAGAAAAGAACGAAAUAAAAAAAUGCGUCAUUCUUUGAGCUCGUUUUUUCAACCGACAGUCCCAAAUUUGAAUAAUAAUGAGAAAGACAAGGCAGAUUCGAUCGAACAAGAUACAACAAAUGUGCAAGAUGAAAAUACAAAAGAAAAGGAUAGCAGAAACGUAGAAGAAACGAUGAACCGAAAUGUGGAAGAAGAAGAUGAAGCUUCAUCAAACUGUGAAAAUUAUAGUCAUGCAACGAAAAUCGUUCACCCCAAAGAUAUAGCGCUGUGGCCACAAAUUAUAACACCCGAAAUGCAAAGGCAAUUUCUGAUAGAGAAACCGUCGUCUGUUCAUGGUAGUUUGGACACAUCAAAAACUACAUGCCAGGAAGGAUCGAAAACAGUUACCAGAUCACUUACUGAGAAGCACGAGAACAGCAGGGACCACAUGUUAGCAGUAGAAACUUUUGUUACUAGAUCUUCAGCUGUAGGGCGCAUUGACACAGAUUUAGAACACCAAUAUCAGAACGAGAAGAAAUAUUGGAGAGAAGUAUUAAAACGAAUCAUAGCUACCAUAAAAUAUUUAGCCAAACAUGGGCUGGCAUUCCGAGGGUCUAACCAAUCACUUUUUACUGCUGGCAAUGGUAAUUACUUGGGAGCGUUAGAGUAUUUGAGUGAGUUUGAUGGAUUCUUAGCCAAUCAUUUAGAGAAAUAUUCAGGAAAAGGAAAAGGCUCGAUUAGCUAUCUAUCUGCUACCGUAUGCGAUGAGUUUAUCAUGGUUAUACAGGAUGAGGUAAAAUCUAAAUUGAUAAACGAGGUUAAAUCAGCAAAAUAUUUUUCUAUAAUUGUUGAUAGCACCCCUGAUGCAAGCCAUGUAGAUCAGUUAACUAUUGUGCUUCGAUAUGUAUUGCCAGACGGUAAAUCGGUUGAAAGGUUCUUCGGGUUUAUUCCGAUUUUCUCCCACACUGGUCAAUAUUUAGAGACCGUGUUGAUUAACGCAUUAGUCAACAUGAGUAUCGAUAUUCGGAAUUGUCGUGGACAGAGUUUUGAUAACGCAAGCAAUAUGUCUGGGAAAUAUAAUGGCUUACAAGCUAAAAUUAAAAAUCACAGCAACACUGCGGAAUUUGUACCUUGCUCCAGUCGUUCGUUAAACUUAAUUGGGAAUUCUGCGGCAGAUUGUUGUCUCGAUGCGACAAAAUAUUUUGAUUCAGUUCAACAUAUUUACGUCUUCUUAUCAGCGCCAACACAACGCUGGAAUAGAUUGGAAGAAAAUUUCAAAAAUUCUCAAACUACUCAUCUAACGGUUAAAAAGAUUUGUGAUACGAGAUGGUCAGCUAGAGCUGAUGCUAUAAAAGCUUUACAAAAGGGUCAUCACGAAAUACAUAUGACAUUGGAUCAACUAAGUGUUGACAUUUCCCAAAAGAAGAGUGUGCAAUUAGAAGCAAAGGAAUUGUCUAAAAAAAUUGACACGCUAGAAUUUUUUCUUCUCACAUUGAUAUGGGAUAAAAUAUUGAGUCGAUUUAAUGCUACCAGUGAGUCACUGCAGAAUCCGCACUUAUGUCUCCAUAUUGCGACAGACUUUAUAAAAGGUAUCAGAGAAGAUUUCGAUGAUAUUGAAAGACAAGCCAUCAGUUUAUCAAAGAUCAAGAUGUAUGAGAAGGACAUUCGAAGGACUAGACACAGAACGUCAUUUGCUGAUGAGUCACAUACCAACGAAGUUGUUUUGGAUGGACGAGAAAGUUUCAAAGUGAACGUAUUUUAUUUAAUUUGCGAUCAAUUAAUUUCGGAAUUGUUAUCGAGGGGGCAAAGUUAUCGUUCAAUUAAUGACAAGUUCAAAAUUUUCUUCGUCGAUGUUCCUUCUUUGAAUUUGAAAAAGGUUGCGACACGUCCGUUAAGCUGGAAUUGCCAAACCAGCACAACACAAUAA